AGGCCUUUAAGGAGUAUGUACUGAGAACACUGUGGAUCGACGGGACUACGCGGAUUAAAGCCGCCAGAAGGUAGACAGCAUCAUUAACAAAAUCAGCUACCCGUCCUACAUACUCAACAGCACCUUUUUGGACACCUACUAUAAACAGUUUGCGGUACACGAAUCUGAAACAUGGUUUAACAGCCUGAUCUCUUGGCGCAAGUUCGAUCUGACCCGCAUGAACUCCGACCUCAAGGCUGUCCCUGACAGAAAGCAAAGCUGGAUUCGACCGCCUGUCACGGUCAAUGCAUUCUAUUCGCCAGUGAGAAAUGAUGUCAUUUUCCCAAUUGCCAUGUUUCAUCUUCCCUACUACAUUCCAGACGGCCCCAGUGCUGUCAACUUUGGUGCCAUGGGGUCUGUUAUUGGCCAUGAGAUCACACACGCUUUGGAUUUUCAAGGCAGACAAUACGACCAGGAGGGCAAGCUAGAGGAUUGGUGGGACCCCCAGACGGCCUAUUACUUCAACAUCACCACCCAGUGCAUGAUCCGUCAGUACAGCGACAUCAGUGUCGACGGCCAGCAGGUUGACGGCGAUCUCACGCUGGACGAGAAUAUCGCUGACAAUGGCGGACUGCGUGCUGCUCGUUAUGCUUACAUGAGAUGGGUGGAGGAUCACGGUGAAGAACCACUGCUACCCAGCGUAAACCUCACCCAAUAUCAAGCGUUCUUCAUAAGCUACGCGCAAAUGUACUGUUCCAAGUGGAGCCCCAUAGGUUUGUCACUGCAUCUGCUUACCGACCCUCACAGUCCAGGCAAAGCCAGAGUCAAUGGAGUCCUGGCAAACUCCAAAACGUUCAGCUGGGCUUUCCAGUGCCCCGUAUACUCAGCCAUGAACGCCCAGACGAAGUGCACGGUGUGGUGAGAUGAUCAGCUCCAAAGGUUGUGACAUAGACUUUUUCCCCGAUCGCAAGGUGGAGACAGUUCAUGCAAAUCAGUUCAACGGCCCGAGACCUGGCGCGACAGCCGUACUUGAUGACGAGAGUCCUGCGGGCAGGUGCAGACAGGUGGAACUUGCGAAAUGAUCCUCAUCCCCCUCUUGCCUUAUCCUAACUAAAGGGUUCCCCCCAGACUCUUCUGGACUAGGAAUAGGCAAAUAUCUAGCACCGAGAUUAUACAACUAUGACGUCACAUGCUGUAUCUGACGACAGCGAUAACAUUCUGGAGGGAAUGGAGGUUGGGUAAGUGGAAUGUGCUGAGCUUGCAUUUCGUGAUGUCCAACGCCGUGCAGGGUAUUUGCCUCUGUCCACGCUGGGAAUUCCAGGAGCAGCCAUAGCUAUGUGAUAAUGCAGUCUUCCACAAAUGUUAAUAUCAUUUACUUGACAUCCCAAUCGUAAAUAUCGCUCUCAAGCCCACAUGUUAUAUUGUAGGAAUAACUUUCCCGGACAUGCGAUGAGCAGGCAGACUAUCAAAUCGUCGCAGAAUUCUCCGCCACUGAUAACAGUUUGCAGUCCGGUGAAAACCUUUAUAAGGUGCGUGCAGGUAGCCUCCUCUUUCAGUUAACGUCUUGGUUUGAGAUAAAGGUAACUUGUUUUACCUCAAAGGACAGAACAGUCACGUGACAGUAAGCUUUCGACAGAUCAUCUCAGAUAUAAAACAAGAUUAUCUUAAGUGGAAGACUUGUUUUUGUGUAGUUCGUUAGAAGUAAUCAACACGACCUAAUCAUAAACUAUGAAGUUACAGAUGACUACUGGAGGGUAUCGUAUUAAUUACUAAUAAAUCUUAUUCAUAUUUGCAAUGAAAUUAUGCGAUGUGUCAAUUUAGAUUCUAUUUUGUUUUUGUUUUUUUCCUUUUUCGAUUGUUUGAUCUUUUCUGUAUAACUGUUCUGUAACCCAAACAGUUUAUCAUGUUACUUGAUUUGGUUUAACUUCAUAUAUAUAUAUAUGUUCUGUUGAAUGCUGUUUUUGCGUUGAGUUUUGAACAUAUAGAAUCCUCAGCUGGUCUGGGGUCUCCUCACUUGUCUCAAAAUGAGUAUGAAUAAAGGUUUUGUAACACGUGUGUUUCCGAAAGUAAGGGUUGUUGUGCACGUAAAGGAACACUUGGUCUUCAUUUAAAUUUUUUUCUUCUUAAUGUUCGUGUUUAAUGAAGUAUCUACACAAGAGUUACAUAAAGUCAGUGGGCAGUUCUUACAUAGUUGUUCUGACCACAGACAGCAACAUGUGUUAGUAUGCGUCCUGAUUCUGACACUAUGUUCUCAGAUUUGUCUUUAUGAUCAAAAUCAAAUGCUAGAGGGUUUUGUGUAAUGUUUAUUUAAUAUAGUAUAAUUAAAGGCUAGCAUUAUCUUUUCAUUGAAUAUUUUUAUGCAGGACUACACUAGCCCCCUACCUGGUACACACAGAUCCCGUUUUAUUUUACCUUUAGUUGUGCUUGAAAGUUUGAAAUGUAACAGUAUUUACAAUCUCACAAUUAUUUAUUUACACUUUACAUUAGUAUUCACAGUAUACACGUUUGGCAGACCUUAACUUUCCAAUAUUUGUGUGUGAACAUAUUCUCAUUUUCACUAUAUGCUUCAUUUUAUUAAUCGUUUGAUUUAUUACCGAAAUUCGUAUCGUCCAUUCAGAAAGGAAGCAUCGGAUUGUUUCGGGAUGAUAGGAGACAUUAGGUACAAGGUAAAACAACCGGAAGGAUUGGUGCCCCACUUGUUUACCCCAUAUUCAUUAUUUUCCAUAUUAUAACGCACGUGGUUGGAGCAAACUUCGACGAUCUUUUCUCACCGCGUUAUUUUAACUAGUCGAUAUUAACAGUUUAAUCGAACUUCUCCACUACUUUUUCUUUAAAUUAUUUUUUAGUCAUUUUUUUACAAGUUGUGCUUUUCUCACUUAUUUUAAUAAGCGAUAUUGUUCAACAUAUUAUCAAAAAAUUUUGAAAAAAAAAUAAGACCCUUGGUCAUCACACUUUUUCUCGAUUUUUUAAAGUCUUAAACCGUUUUUAGUUCAUUGGCUACUCUUGUACAAAUGUCAUAAAACCGCUGUUACACAGAACCGUUACUCUUAACGAGAUUCGUGGACAGCGCAGUAAGCUUGCCUUGAAAAUACACACAAACUGUGCAGAUGUCUAUGCAAUGUUGUACACAAGUUCUGUCCUCUGCAGACAUUUUGAUUCAGACGUUCUUAGGUGCACUGGAUAUUUGUAAAUAUCACUACUCUAGCUGACAUUCGAGUUGAAUAUUUAAAAUAAUAAUUUCGUUGUUUCUUCUGUGUCGAACUUUGCAUCUACAUAAAGUCGAAAAUGCUGUUUCUGAAAAAAAAGCGAAAGAUUUCUUGAAGGAUCAUUGUCACUUGGAAAUUGGAAAGCGUAUUCUUGCCUACACAUCUCUUAAGUUGUUGUGUGUUGUGUGAACCAGAAAAAAAAAUUACAACGAACUUUUAAGUCGUGACAACGUGUUUCUUUACAUCACCUUAUUCCACUUUGUUUGCUGUUUUUCUUUGUUUGCUUUUUUUGAAAAGAACGCGUCACAGUUAUUGCAGCCUUUUGAUUAUAUAAAUGUCAACAUUGUAUGCUUAUUGGCUUAUUAUUUUUAAUAUCAAAAAUAAGAAAGCUAACUAGUUACUUCAUUUGUUACUGUGCGUGCUUUUGCUUCGUUGGCUGGGUGUGUUGGACUGACUGAUUGGUUGAGUCGUUGAUUGGUGAGUUGGCUAGCUGGCUGAUUAUUUCAGUGUUUUCAUUACGAACAUUUAUGUAAAGUAUCAACCAUCUAUCCCUUAAUGACUCACCAUGCCAUCGGUUUGUACAUACUGGCAUUAAUAUGUCCACACCCACAUCGUGAGCCUAUUUGUACAUAUCAUGCAUUGAUUGCCAAUGUUCAGAUUGUAGCCACACAUUAACCCCUUAAACCGCACCGUCCUGUCUGACACCUUUCUACGCGAAAUAUCCCGACGCACACAGGGUUAAUUAUUCUACAUCUCUUAAUGUUUCGUUAGAAAGUUUCGCAGCUGUACAGGCUGCUUUCAUGUAGUAUUGCACUUUAUUAUGUAUUUGACAUGUACAACCACGAGCAUGCCUGUUAUGCGAGAUUGUUGGUAUGAGUACGAUCUGAACUUAAACAACCUGAUGCAACCAUAGUCAGUGCAUGUUUUUUUUUUUAUACUCUUAGUAACAGAUGUCAAAAUAAUCUGUAUAAUUCUGUCUGAAUUUCGUUGUCAUCAUUUGCAAACGCGUGUACAAUCUUUAUCAUGUAUUUUUUCAUUAGUUUUACUCGAUACAUUUUAUUUUGGGCCAACAGGAAGUGUAGGUUGAAAUAUGUGGCAUCAUUGGUUUAAUGUUAACCAGCUCUUUACAAGCAUAUGUACUUAUCAGCAAAAAGCGACAUGAUCGAAUUUUACGCUACUAACACGUGUUAUCACACAAAAGUGAUUCUGGAAAUAAAUUGUCAUGAUCCUGUUGUUUGAAAUUCCAUGCCUUAACUGUCUCAGGUUUAGCCGUAGAUUGAAAUUUAUUAUCGUUCAGUCACACAUAUCACGUCAGCAGUUACUCUAAGCCAAUUAAAACGAUUUCUACAGUUGAGGGAAGACUUACAGGUUCUCCAAGGUGCAAAUAUUAUAACAGCCUAUUCCCAACCAACUGUCAUCAAACAUAAGAGUAUACGUUUCCUUCCUUCAUGGCGGUGAAUCCGGAGAUCGAAUGUGAUCUUUGUUGUUUCUAAAGUACUUUUCAUUUAUCUGAAUUAUUAGCAUUGGGGUCGAAAAUGACAUGUUAAGUGGAAAUGUGAUUGCAUGACAGUAUAUUGGCAUGGAUAUGUGAAAUAAUAAUAAAGGAAAUAAAGUAUUUUGAUACUACA